UCCCGUCGUGCUUGUUUGCUGCAUAACAAAUAAUAAAAGUUUGUUGUUCCUAAAAAAUUGAUUUACAGUUUUUUGAAUUUCUGUUCAAAUUGUAGUUGAAAUUCAAUAAAACCUUUGUGUGAGUGUUUUGUGGUCACUAUGCAGGUGGGGGACAGCGAUGCCGCUACCGUGCCUAAUCCGGCGGGCGUACGGCGGCCAGACGGCUUGAGAAGAGUUGCAAUGUCAAAGCACGAUUUCGAAGGAUGGACAAUUUCUGUUCUCAAAAGCCCAAUUCUACCAUCCAACUGCUACUGCGACGUCUUGGAUGGUGAAAACACUAAAGGAAUUGUGCUGGAGACAGGACAAAGUUGGGACUCAGUAUUAUCGAAGACUGAUGCAUUCAAAUGUCAAGUGUGCAGAUAUGGCGAAGGAUUGGAGCUCAAACACCUUCCGGAGAUGGUAUUUCCGGACAAUCUUCUUCACUUGGAGUACAAUGCUUCUGGAUUUGUCUUGGAAUUUAACACUUUGGAUGCUAUGAAAUUAAUGUCCACGACGGACACACAUUCCGUUCGGGUUGCAAUGUCGGAACCUUGGCAAGCAUCCAAGGUUGAAAUGGGUUUACCCAAGGAUAUUUUACAUGACUUUAACUGGACAUUUACUACAGAAUACAAGGGUACCCUGAAGGAAAGGGGUAACAAUUCAUAUAAAUCCGAGCCAUUAUUCCGGGUUGAAACUAAUACGUCGGAUAAACUAAACCUGGAAAAACUAAUGCAAAAAGAACAAAUUUUAUUCUAUGAUGAGCUAACGCUUUUCGAAGAUGAAUUGCAUGAUAAUGGAAUUUCAAAUUGCAGCGUAAAAAUUAGAGUGAUGCCUUCGGGAUUUUUCAUUCUGCUGCGAUACUAUUUGCGAGUUGACCACGUUAUGGGCAAGGUCUGUGAUACCAGAAUUCAUUUCGAAAAGGGAAAUCAGUAUUUCUUGAGACAAUACCAAUGUCGAGAAGAAUCAUUCAAGAAUCUUGGCACCUUGGACCCCCAAACGUUUUCCGACAUAAAUAUUCUCUAUAACCAUCUCCCCAUAAGAACAGAAAUUAUUGACAAGAUUUUUAUAACGUAAUAAUUUAAAUGAAUUAAAUUCCACAUGCUUUCAAAA